UUGGCAAGGGCGGUAGCAGCUGGCACCUCCCGCCGCCCCUGUCCGGAGGGUCGCGGGGCACAGAGGCGCCUUCCGGGCGCCCUCCAGCCAGCCACCCGAAGCCCCGGGGGGUGCUGCUGGGUGAGGAGGGGGCAGCCAGAUAUCCGGCUUUUCUGCCCUGAAUGCUUUCACUCCAACGCUGCCGCCGGGGCCGCUUUGGUGCCUGAGAACUCUGAGGAGACAGGCGCGAGAGGAGAGCAAGGACACUGCAAACUUGCACCGCGGCUGUCUGAGCCUCCGUUUCAUAGAGCAGAGGCCCAGUUUAAGCCCAGAAGUUUAGCGAGUAGUGCAACCGGAAGACUUCCCGCUGCAGAGGGUCGUAGGAGGGUGAGUAAGAAGGCAGUCCCCGCCCUCGGUUACCCUACACCGCCCCCCAGACAAGGGGCGAGAAGCUCAGAGCAGCUGAAAGGAGGGCAGCAGGCGGCCAGGACAGCAGACCACAGCUCGGAACCACCGUUCCCAGCUGGAAAGUUGCAGAGGAUUCGAGGCCGCUCCGGAGCAGACAGACCACAGCUCAGGCCUGGGGGCAGGAGAGGACGGUACCUAAUCACCAUCGCUGUUCAACUAUAGUAGUUUCUCUCUUUCCGGAGCGCAGCGAGCUACAGACAGGAGCGCAGCACUCAGCGCGAGGCACAGGGUCCCAUCUGCCUAGCCCAAUGUGCUUCAGGGUCUCGAUACAACCCUGAGCCUCGAUUUAUUGAGACUCCUGCUCGCCUCCUUGCAGUUGGAGGAAAGCGAGAGAAUCGAGUGCAUGCACAGUUCUCCAGAAAUCAGGUGGAAGGAGCGUUUCAGGACCAAGGACUGUUUGGAGCCCCUUCUCAUUAGGGGGGAAGCAAAGGGCGAGGCUGGAUCUGGGAGAGUCCGGAGACUAGUACAGAAAACCUUUCUCUGGCGGGAUGGGGACCUUGGGACUGCUUUGGCUGCUGCUGCCCCUGCUUUCCACGGCAGCCUCAGGCUCCGGGACCAGGAUGGGGACCGGCCAGCGCGUGGGCUCACCGGCCGGAGGACCAGCGGUGCAGCCCCGGGAGCCGCUGAGCUACUCGCGCCUGCAGAGGAAGAGCCUGGCGGUGGAUUUCGUGGUGCCCUCGCUCUUCCGUGUCUAUGCCCGGGAGCUGCUGCUGCCGUCGCCGUCUGCGAGGGCUGGAGGGUCGGAGGCGCGCGGCUCGCUGGCUCUAGACUGUGCCCCAUUGCUUAGGCUGGUUGGGUCACCACCUGGUGUGUCCUGGACACCAGGAGCCAGCUCGCCAGCCCCGGCACCGACGCUGUCCAGGGUGCUGAAGGGUGGCUCGGUUCGCAAGCUUAGGCGCGCCAAACAGUUGGUGCUGGAGCUGGGAGAGGAGGCAAUCCUCGAGGGCUGCGUGGGGCCCCCAGAGGAGGCGUCUGCGGGGCUGCUCCAGUUCAACCUCAGCGAGCUGUUCAGCUGGUGGAUUCACCACGGCGAAGGGCGGCUGAGGAUCCGCCUGAUGCCUGAGAAGAAGGCGUCGGAAGUGGGCAGAGAGGGAAAGCUGUCUGCGGCGAUUCGUGCUUCCCAGCCCCGCCUUCUCUUCCAGAUCUUCGGGACCGGUCACAGCUCCUUAGAGCCACCGACAAAUCUGCCUUCUCUUCCUCCUGAUUCUUUUGCAUGGAAUCUGACCUGGAUAAUGAAAGAUUCCUUCCCUUUCCUGUCUCAUCGCAGCCGAUAUGGUCUGGAGUGUAGCUUUGACUUCCCCUGUGAGCUGGAGUAUUCCCCUCCACUACACGACCUGGCGAACCAGAGCUGGUCCUGGCGCCGUGUGCCCUCUGAGGAAGCCUCCCAGAUGGACCUGUUGGACGGGCCUGAGGCAGAGCCAUCCAAGGAGAUGCCCAGAGGCUCCUUCCUCCUCCUCAACACCUCAGCCAACUCCAAGCACACCAUCUUGAGCCCGUGGAUGAGGAGCAGCAGCGAGCACUGCAGGCUGGCCGUCUCUGUGCACAGGCACCUGCAGCCCUCUGGGAGGUACGUCGCCCAACUGCUGCCCCACAAUGAGGCUGGAAGAGAGAUUCUCUUGGUACCCACUCCAGGGAAGCAUGGUUGGACAGUGCUGCAGGGACAAAUCGGGCGCCCAGAGAACCCAUUCCGAGUGGCCCUGGAAUACGUCUCAAGUGGAAACCGAAGCUUGUCUGCAGUGGACUUCUUUGCCCUGAAGAACUGCAGUGAAGGAACUUCCCCGGGAUCCAAGAUGGCCUUGCAGAGUUCCUUCACCUGCUGGAAUGGGACAGUCCUCCAGCUCGGGCAGGCCUGUGACUUCCACCGGGACUGCGCCCAGGGAGAAGAUGAGGGCCAGCUGUGCAGUAAACUUCCUACGGGUUUUUACUGCAAUUUCGAGGAUGGCUUCUGUGGCUGGACCCAAGGUACACUCUCACCCCACACGCCCCAGUGGCAGGUCAAGACCCUCAAGGAGGCCCGGUUCCAGAACCACCAAGGCCACGCCCUGUUGCUCAACACCACUGAGGUCCCUGCGUCGGAAAGUGCUAUGGUGACCAGCGCUACAUUUCCUGCACCGAUGAAGAAUUCUCCAUGCGAGCUCCGAAUGUCUUGGCUCAUCCGUGGAGACUUGCAGGGAAACGUCUCCUUGGUGCUGGUGGAGAACAAAACGGGGAAGGAACACAGCAGGAUGAUCUGGCAUGUUACCACCAAUGAAGGCCUGAGCUUGUGGCAGUGGGCAGUGCUACCUCUCCUCGAUGUGGCCGACAGGUUCUGGCUGCAGAUUGUCGCGUGGUGGGGACAAGGAUCCAGAGCCACCGUGGCUUUUGACAAUAUCUCCAUCAGCCUGGACUGCUACCUCACCAUCAGUGGGGAAGACAAGAUGCCACAGAAUACAGCACUCAAAUCAAGAAAUCUGUUUGAGAGAAACCCAAACAAAGAGGUGAAACUCUGGGACAAUACACCAAGAGAGACCCCCAUCUUUGACCCUACAGUUCACUGGCUGUUUACCACGUGCGGGGCCAGUGGGCCCCAUGGCCCCACUCAGGCCCAGUGCAACAACGCCUAUCGGAACACCAACCUGAGCGUGGUGGUGGAGAGCAAGGGUCCCCUGAAGGGCAUCCAGACCUGGAAGGUACCAGCCACUGACACCUACAGCAUCUCGGGCUACGGAGCUGCUGGCGGAAAGGGCGGGAGGAACACCAUGAUGCGAUCCCACGGUGUGUCUGUGCUGGGCAUCUUCAACCUGGAGAAGGACGACACGCUGUACAUCCUGGUCGGGCAACAGGGGGAAGACGCCUGCCCCAGCACAAACCAAUUAAUCCAGAAAGUCUGCAUUGGAGAGAACAACGUCAUAGAAGAAGAAAUCCGCGUGAACAGAAGCGUGCACGAGUGGGCAGGAGGGGGCGGAGGAGGCGGCGGAGCCACCUACGUGUUUCAGAUGAAGGAUGGUGUACCAGUGCCCCUGAUCAUUGCGGCCGGCGGUGGCGGCAGGGCCUACGGGGCUAAGACGGACACGUUCCACCCCGAGAGAUUGGAGAAUAAUUCCUCGGUUCUAGGGCUCAAUGGCAAUUCCGGAGCCGCAGGUGGUGGAGGUGGCUGGAAUGAUAACACUUCCUUGCUCUGGUCUGGAAAGUCUUUGCUGGAGGGUGCCACCGGAGGACAUUCCUGCCCCCAGGCCAUGAAGAAGUGGGGGUGGGAGACCAGAGGGGGUUUCGGAGGGGGUGGCGGGGGGUGCUCCUCAGGUGGAGGAGGCGGAGGAUACAUAGGAGGCAAUGCAGCCUCAAACAAUGACCCCGAAGUGGACGGGGAGGACGGGGUAUCCUUCAUCAGUCCACUGGGCAUCCUGUACACCCCGGCUUUAAAAGUGAUGGAAGGCCACGGGGAAGUGAAUAUCAAGCAUUACCUAAACUGCAGCCACUGCGAGGUAGACGAGUGCCACAUGGACCCUGAGAGCCACAAGGUCAUCUGCUUUUGUGACCACGGAACAGUGCUGGCUGAGGACGGCGUCUCCUGCAUUGUGUCACCCACCCCAGAGCCCCACCUGCCACUCUCGCUGAUCCUCUCCGUCGUGACCUCUGCACUCGUGGCCGCCCUCGUCCUGGCAUUCUCUGGCAUCAUGAUCGUGUAUCGCCGGAAGCACCAGGAGCUGCAAGCCAUGCAGAUGGAACUGCAGAGCCCCGAGUACAAGCUCAGCAAGCUGCGCACCUCAACCAUCAUGACUGACUACAACCCCAACUACUGCUUUGCCGGCAAGACCUCCUCCAUCAGUGACCUGAAGGAGGUGCCGCGGAAAAACAUCACCCUCAUUCGGGGUCUGGGCCAUGGCGCAUUUGGGGAGGUGUACGAAGGUCAGGUGUCUGGAACGCCCAACGAUCCGAGCCCCCUGCAAGUAGCUGUGAAGACGCUGCCUGAGGUGUGUUCCGAACAGGACGAACUGGAUUUCCUCAUGGAAGCCCUGAUCAUCAGCAAAUUCAACCACCAGAACAUCGUGCGCUGUAUUGGGGUGAGUCUGCAAGCCCUGCCCCGAUUUAUCCUGCUGGAGCUCAUGGCGGGAGGAGACCUCAAGUCCUUCCUCCGGGAGACCCGCCCUCGCCCGAAUCAGCCCUCCUCGCUGACCAUGCUGGACCUUUUGCACGUGGCUCAGGACAUCGCCUGUGGCUGCCAGUACUUAGAGGAAAAUCACUUCAUCCACCGGGACAUUGCUGCCAGGAACUGCCUCUUGACCUGUCCAGGCCCUGGAAGAGUAGCCAAGAUUGGAGACUUUGGAAUGGCCCGAGACAUCUACAGAGCGAGCUACUACCGAAAGGGAGGCUGUGCAAUGCUGCCAGUGAAAUGGAUGCCCCCUGAGGCCUUCAUGGAAGGAAUAUUUACAUCUAAAACAGACACGUGGUCCUUUGGAGUGCUGCUGUGGGAAAUCUUUUCUCUUGGAUAUAUGCCAUACCCUAGCAAAAGCAACCAGGAAGUUCUGGAGUUCGUGACCAGCGGAGGACGGAUGGACCCGCCUAAGAACUGCCCUGGGCCUGUAUAUAGGAUCAUGACCCAAUGCUGGCAACAUCAGCCUGAAGACAGACCCAACUUUGCCAUAAUUUUGGAGAGGAUUGAAUACUGCACCCAGGAUCCAGAUGUGAUCAACACUGCUUUGCCAAUAGAAUAUGGCCCACUCGUGGAAGAGGAAGAGAAAGUGCCCGUGAGGCCCAAGGACCCUGAGGGAAUGCCUCCUCUCCUAGUCUCUCCUCCACCAGCUAAACGGGAGGGUGGGCAGGGCCCAGCGGCCCCGCCCCCUCUGCCUUCUGCUUCCUCUGGCAAAGCCGUGAAGAAACCAGCAGCCGCAGAGGUCUCUGUUCGAGUCACCAGAGGGCCAGCCACGGAAGGGGGACAUGUUAACAUGGCAUUCUCUCAGUCCAACCUGCCAUCAGAGCUGCACAAAGUCCAGGGGUCCAGAAAUAAACCAACCAGCCUAUGGAACCCAACUUAUGGCUCCUGGUUUACAGAGAAACCCCCCAAAAAGAACAAUCUUCCAGCAAAGAAGGAACAACACGAGAGGGGAAGCCUGGGACGUGAAGGAAGCUGUACUGUCCCAUCUAACGUUGCAACGGGCCGACUCCCAGGGGCCUCUCUGCUCCUAGAACCAUCUUCACUAACGGCCAACAUGAAGGAAGUGCCUCUGUUCCGGCUGCGUCACUUCCCAUGUGGAAACGUCAACUACGGCUACCAGCAGCAGGGCUUACCUUUAGAGGCCACCACUGCGCCUGGAACUGGGCAUUAUGAGGACACCGUUCUGAAAAACCAGCCUGGGCCCUGAGCUCAUCAGCACUCAUUUCUCUUUCUUGGGAAUCCUGAGCCCAUGAAGGGGGGACAGGUAAUGGCUCCUCCACACCCCAGAGACCAAAUGUCACUUUUCAUCUUGUGCCAACUUGUUUUGAUGUGCCACAUAAGAAGCUGUAUUUUCAAAGUGCUUUCGAAAGGUUUUGAGCAUGGGUUCCUCCUAUUCUUUCAAAAGAAGAAAAUAUCACAAAGACCAGCGAGAAUACGAAGCCCGGGUGGCGCUGCCUACGGUUUUGUGCAUGGUUGAUGCCCGCGUCCUCAUGUUUCCUUCCAACCCUGUGUGCUCUGCUUCAAUACGGUCAGAAUUAGCGGCUCCUGACG